AUGGCUGUAGGUGACUAUGAGGAAAUUCUCAAGUACUACGAAUUACAUGAAACGAUUGGAACAGGUGGGUUCGCAAAGGUAAAACUUGCGCGACAUCUUCUUACUGGUGAAAAAGUUGCAAUAAAAAUCAUGGACAAACUUGCUCUAGGGGAUGACUUGCCUCGUGUUAAAAUAGAAAUUGAUGCCAUGAAGAACUUAAGUCACCAGCAUAUUUGCCAGUUGUAUCACGUGAUAGAGACAUCCAAGAAAAUAUUCAUGGUCUUAGAGUACUGUCCUGGAGGAGAGCUGUUUGAUUACAUCAUUUCUAAGGACCGCCUUUCAGAAGAGGAAGCUCGUGUAUUUUUUCGGCAGAUUGUUUCAGCAAUUGCUUAUGUUCACAGUCGGGGAUAUGCCCACAGGGAUCUCAAACCAGAAAAUCUACUGAUUGACAAGGAACAUAAUUUGAAGCUGAUAGACUUUGGACUUUGUGCAAAGCCAAAGGGUGGCCUUGAUUACCAUCUGAACACAUGCUGUGGAAGCCCGGCUUAUGCAGCACCAGAGCUGAUUCAAGGCAAAGCAUAUAUUGGCUCAGAGGCAGAUAUUUGGAGCAUGGGAGUACUGCUGUAUGCUCUACUGUGUGGCUUUCUUCCCUUUGAUGAUGACAAUGUCAUGGCUGUCUACAGAAAGAUAAUGAGAGGAAAAUACAGUAUACCGAAGUGGCUCUCUCCUAGCAGUACACUGCUGCUUAACCAAAUGAUGCAGGUGGACCCAAAGAAGCGGAUUACGGUGAAACAUUUAUUAAGUCAUCCUUGGCUCAUGCAGGGUUAUUCUGAUGCUGUUCAGUGGCAAAGUAAAUACGCACUGGGACAUCUUGAUGAAGACUGCGUAACAGAGCUUUCUGUGUUUCAUAAACAGAGCAGGGAGAGUAUGUUGCAAUUAAUAUCAGAGUGGAAAUAUGACCAAAUAUCAGCAACAUACCUCUUGCUUCAAUCCCUGAAGGCUCGUGGUAAGCGUGUUCGCUUAAGGGUUCCAUGUCUAACAGGGCAUGCCAGUACAACGCAAUCAGCAGACCUCGAGUCUGAAAAAACUGUGACGUGCGAAGAUAUGCCAGACUGCAGUGAAGUGCCGCUUGCAUUUGGAUCCAUGGAAUUUUCUGAUGCAGCACAGUUUGAAGAAUCUCCCUUAGAAGAAUUUAUUCUAAAUGCUCACAGAACAAAGCAGCAUUCAGGGCAUGAUGCUCAACCGGAUGAUUUGGAAUUCACACUGUCAACUCCAGUGACAAGAAAAGUGGCAUCAAAGAAGCAUGAAAACAAAGAGAAUGUUGAUAGAGAGCCAGCUUUAAGAAAUGAAAUGCCCUUUGCGCUUCCCACUCCAAAGACUCCUUUUGCAAAAAGUCAGGUUGAGACGCAAGUACAAACCACGCCCUUCCAAGCACCCACCUUCAAAGAGAACCAGUUCACCACAGUCACCCCAAUUAAGAAACCCACAAACCCAACAAACACAGAUGAAUUGACGACAGCUGAGGCUCUUCCUGAAAGAAGGUGUCAUCCUGUGGAAGUGGAUCUCAACCUAGCUCACGUGGAUAGCAGCCAAAAGAAGAGAAAAGCCAAAAUAUUUGGAAGUCUUGAAAGAGGCCUAGAUAAAAUGAUCACAAUGCUUACGCCAAGCAAAAAGAAACGAACCACUAGAGAUCAACCAAGGAAACUUAAGGCACACUAUAACGUUACCACCACUCAGCUACUCAAUCCAGACCAACUGUUGAAUGAACUAAUCGCUGUUCUUUCAAAGAAGCAUGUGGAUUAUAUUCAGAAGGGUUAUGCCCUGAAAUGUCAAACACGGUCAGAUUUUGGCAAAGUGACUAUGGAGUUUGAGUUAGAAGUGUGUCAGCUCAGUAAGACUGAAGUGGUGGGUAUCCGGCGACAACGGCUUAAAGGUGAUGCCUGGGUCUACAAGAGACUGGUGGAAGACAUCUUAUCUAGCUGCCGAGUGUGA